GAACUGUGCGCGCCACAGGCAGAAAAAGUGCAAAGCGAGAAAAUUACCAAGAAAGACAAAAGUGAGAAGCCAAAGGCACUGACAAAAGCUGAAGCGGAAGCGAAAAAAGUUGGCCGUUUUGAUCCAAAACGACGUCUAGCUGAAAUUGCGGAUAAGCUAAUGAAGGAUAAUAUUGUGCACGAGCUGCGUUCAAUGAUCGAUGCAAGGGCUUUCCAGUGA